AUGGCACUCUUCGGUAUAAGCUUUUUCCAACAAAAGAAGUCUCUAACGCCUGAAGAUGGACAUUGUCAUAACCGAAACAUAAGAGUGGAAGAUAGGAAACGACUGGUAUUGGUGGUAAUUGAUGCGUUUGCGUAUGAGUUUGUCGACGAACAUCCAGAAGAGCUCAAGUUUUUGAUGAAUGGGAAAGGGAUCUUGGUCAAAGGACAUGUUCAAGCGCCUACAGUGACGUUGCCCAGAGUUAAAGUAAGACCGAUUGUGUGUAAGAUUAUUCUAAAAGUUAAUUUAAAGAUUUUACAGGGUGCGUAAAAAGUGGUGUUACCAAACUUUACCGGUCGUUUUCUCUCUCUUGCGGUUAAAUUAUUUAAAAAUUUUUAUUUUGUCUUAUUCUCGGUUGUUUUUUUAUUGUAUAAUCAUAAAAGUUAAGUCUUAAUUGUCUAAUGUCUGUCUGUAUUUAGAUGUCAAACAUGAGGGCCACCGUCAUCAAAUUACAUAAUGAAGGAAAAAGUAACCCCGAAAUCGCGAAAUUGCUGAAUAUUUCAAGAAUGACAGUCUACAGAUCCGUAAAACGUUUCGAAGAGCUUGGACAUGACCGUGACAGACCUAGAACUGGGCGUCCCGCAUAUGUUAACACCGUGGCCAAUCGUCAGAUGAUCAAGAAGCGCUUCAAGCGAAAUCCACGGACCCCAGUACGAAAAAUGGCCCGGGAGACAGGAAUCAAAGAAAGUACUUUGAGGUACAUAGUGAGAAAGAAACUUAUGAUGAAGCCGUACAAACUCAAAAAAGUUCAGAAGCUAACUGAGGAAAACAAAGCGGUACGCUUCAAAAGAUGUAAACUGCUCCAGCAGCGGGCCGCUGGUCAAAAAUGGGAAUGAAUUCUUUUCACGGAUGAGAAAAUAUUUACAUUGGAACAGGCCUACAAUCCCCAAAAUGACAGAUGGUACUCAACAGACCCUCCUAAAGCUGAAGCCAUCGUGGAACGCACCCUGUAAAUGUGUUUUUGAGUGAUAAAGCAGGCUUUAUUGUUAUUUUAACAAUAAAAGUAAAGUAUUCAAUGUUUUUGGAGGAGACCGUCAGUGAUAAAUGGAAGAUAUAUUGAAGAUUCAUGCUUUUGUUUUAGGCAAUAGUGUCAGGGACAGUUCCAACGUAUCUUGACGUAAUUUUUAACUAUGCGACAUUGGAAUUCGCAGAAGAUAAUUGGGUUAAAAGAGGAAAAGACAGUGGGUAUAGGUAAUAUCUUCAGCUUUUAUUGUUUAUGGACAAGAUAUUGGUUGCAAUAUUAGAAAUAACUGCGAAAUAUCAUAUAUAGCUUGUCUAUAAUUAAAUUAUUUUGCAGAACUGUCUUCUACGGCGAUGAUACGUGGCUAAAGAUGUUUCCAAACGUCUUCGAACGAUCUGAAGGUACAGUAUCAUUCUACGUAACUGAUUACACCGAAGUUGACAACAAUGUCACCAGACAUCUUGACUAUGAAUUGAACAACCUUGACAAAUGGGAUAUCUUGGUAUUGCAUUAUCUUGGAUUGGACCACAUUGGGCAUUCGUUGGGAGGAAGAGCUGAUAAAGUCAAGGAGAAGUUGAGAGAAAUGGAUGGUGUUGUGGAACGGAUCUACAGGAGUUUGGAAGGUCAUGGUGACUUUAAUUUGGUGGUGAUGGGUGAUCAUGGUAUGACAGAGACUGGUGGACACGGUGGAGGAGAUCCGAGAGAGAGUAAUGUUGCCAUUUUUGUCAAAGGGAAUGACAUUGACACGAAUGUUAUGGAUAAAAAGGGUAAGGUUACGUUGUUAUUGGAGAGGUUUUGAAUUUAACUAGAGUUUAACUUAAAAAAUAAAACAAAUGGGCUUACUUAUCACACUUUUAGGAAAGUUGGUAGAACAAGUUGAUAUUGUACCUACUAUUGCAAGUUAUCUUAACCUUUGCAUUCCGGUGAACAACUUGGGAAUAUCUUUUACUUUGUCGUUUAAGGAAGUCGGUCAAAGUAGUAUUACGAUGAUGAAAGACAACAUUUUACAAUUUAAAACUUUGUUUUCUGAAAAUAAAGAAGUUGAAAGUAAGUUUUUUGUCUAUGAAUUAUGUGAUAUAUUGUAACAAGUUGAUGUUAUGUUGUAUAUCUUGUACAGGUUGAUAGUACGACUGGUUUUAACUUAAAGAGGUUGUGUUUAAACCUACAUAUGACAUUCUGGUUUGCAGAUUUGGACAUUUACUGUACAGCAAAUGAAAGCUUUGAAAAGUGUAAUGUCUUGCUCAAGAAUAUGCAAUUCGAUGCUUUGAGUUCUCUUCAACAUAUCAACUAUAAUCGUAUCUUCUUUUCUUUGGGGUUAUUGGCUUUUGUAAGUAUUUUUAAUUUACCAACUUUUAUUUAAAUUGUUAAAAACUAGUUUUUUAUGAUUUACUUAAAAUAAUUAAUUUUUUGUUUGAAACGUAUUUUACUUAUGAUAAUUAAAAAUUGAAUGGUUUUAAAUGUACUUUUACAGCUUUUCUUAAUGUGUUUAUAUGAAUAUGAAGCUAAAUCCAACCAAGGUGCACUAAUAAACUUGGUCUUCGCUGGUCUACCAUGUGUAUUAUGGACAUCUUCGAGUUUUAUCGAAGAAGAGCAUGAUGUACUGUAAGUAAUAAAUCUCUAGUUUACCCUAUCUUAUUUUUAUACUUUUAUGUUUUAUUGUGACAUAGCUACUAGGCUAGGCCAACUUUCUGGCUUGGGUCUAAUUGCUGCCACGUAAUAAAUUAAUAUUUGCUUAAUUGCUAUUAGAUUGUUCACAUUAUUCUGGGCCUCUUAACCCGUAAAAUUUGGUUUGAUCGGUGGCACAGAAUUAUUUGAACGACCUAAUAAUUUAACGUGAUAACAACUUUUAGUUCCUCUGUUUUAACUUAAUAAUGAUUCAGGAAUUACAUUGUUCCAACCGUAGUAAUGCUGAGUUGGUAUCUCAAUAAAACUGACAGUAUGUACAGUUUUGUUAUAAUGGUGCUACAAAGAGUCGUGCGAUUACCAUUCGAACAUAAAAGACGAAGAUGGUUAAUGGAAAAGGUAGAAGGUUUGGACAGUUGGGGUAACUGGUAUGUUUUUUUAAGAUUGUGGUGUAUGUUUUAUAUUUUGUCAUGUCCGAAUAUGGAUGAUCCAAAAUUUUCAAAGUUGGACGCUUUGAAUGGCUCAUUUAUAUUUGGUCAACUUGAUAUUUGAUCUUAAGUACAGUUACUGUGGCAGCACAGUGAUUAUUCCUGUAACAACACUCGUUUUUUCUUGUGUUUAAACUGCCUUUUCAGGUACUAUGCCAUUUUAGUGCCGUUAUUGAUGGUGUUAGUAGUUAAAAAUACAAAAAUGCGUUUGCGAAACUUUGUGAAUAUUAAAUCAGCUAAAUGUACGGGUAUUUUAUUGUAUCUUGGACUAAUCAAGCAUGGAGUUUUAAAGUAAGUGUUGCUGUAUAUAUUGUAGUAAUUUGAAGUUUAUUUAUACUAUUAUUAUAGCUAUUGCCAUGUUAUUCAUCUUUUACUUUUUGUUUAAAGUUGGUAUUUCUAAAUUUAUUAUAUGCUUGAUAACAAAUUAAUUUGCAGUACAUUUGGGUAUCCUCAAAUAUUAAUCAUUGUCAUGUUCUACUUAUCAGACAUUCGAUGCGGGUUAACUAUGUGGUAUCUCUUUAUAUGUGGACCUCAAGAUAGCGUAGUAGUGGUUAUAUGUCAACUGCUGGGUAGUUGCAUUAGUGACAUGAAGAGAAAACUGGAGUCAUUGUAUGUGUUGAUCAUUAUGGCGUCUUUCUUUUAUACGGUAAGGCUUUUAAUUUAAAAAAAAAUUAAAUUUCAGACUUUGAAUAUUGGACUUAAGAUUGACUAAAGUAGUUUAGAUUUGUUUUUAGUAGCUAAACCUGAAUGCCGUACUUGAUUCUUAGUGUUAUCUAAUCACAUAUAGUUUAUAUAAUUUUAAUAUUCAGGGUAACAGUGAAAGUUUGAGCUCAGUGGAUAUUAAUGUUGGCUAUGCUGGUCUCAAAGACUACAGUAUGUUGAUAGUAGGCUUCCAGAUCUUCCUGAAGCUCUACUUGGGUCCUAUCAAUAUUGUUAUGGGGAGGUAAGUGUUGCUAUUUGAACACGAUUACUACAUAUUUUACUAUAUAUUGCAAAUAAUAUUCAUCUUCCUUACAUUUUACUAUUCUACAAAAGUUAUUUGGUGUGCUAUUCAUUUUCUCAAAUAUAAAAUUUUAGCUCAGCAGCUCAAAGAUCAUUGUUUAUUUCGUUAAUGACAUUCUCGAGGCUAGCAUGUGCACUGAUGAGUACGAUGAUGGUGUUCUGGCAGAGGAAUCAUUUGUUUGUUUGGAGUGUGUUUGCUCCAAAGAUGGUGUUUGAGUUUGUUCACUUAUUACUAUUCUUUGUCUUUUGUGUUAUCAAAAAUUUGUUGAAAUUCUGA